UUCCAGUGCCUCGAAAACGCCGUCACGCCGCGCGCAAAGCGGGUCACGUACCACGAGUCGCGCAACGAGCUGUCUCGUACCCACCCAACCACCGCAGUGUUAUCGGUGCGGUGGUUGGGCAGUGCGUCCAUCACAUGGAUGGGUACGAGACAAAUAACGAGCGGGUUCGAGUCUUAGACGAGAGCACCCACUCCGUCUCUCCUCGUGUCUCGGCGUUUGCGGCGAGCUAGGAGGCCUAAUUCAGUUCGGGCUACAGAAGACUGAAUGGCUUGCUCGAUGACCCGCUUUGGAGCCAGUGCUGAGCGCCGAUACUGCCCAAUCGCGGCAUAUUUGCCCGGGUCGUGGACGCCUUCUGCGUUACGAAAGGCUUUUAUAGCUCAUCGCAAAAUGCAAGCAGCUCUCCCACUCAACAAAGCCCUUAGCGCGAGCGACGGCUCAUCGCGGAACAGCUUGGGCCCAUCAUCUUAAACAACAAAUCUCUCUGGCUAUGAAUGCCGCCACGUUCUUCCGCUCCAUUGCCGGCCUUGCAGUGGCUGUCUACCGUCUCAUUGGUUUGCUCUACUACUUGCCACAUCUAUAUCAAGGACACCACGAUCGUUUCUUGGAAAGUACGAGCGCACCACGGGAGUUGGGCUGUCAAUGGCAAGGGUUAGUAACCCAACUGCAGCACCAAUGGAUCAUCUUCAAGUGUUGUUCGGGGCUGUAUAUCAUGGUUGUCUUUGGGCUGUUGCAAGUAUCCGGUACCACUCCCGGAAUACUGGUCGUCACCACUGGCACUGUCUGUGUCAUCUUUUCCGUCACUGCCGUUCUGUACUGUGAGGCAUUCAACGCGUAUCUCGCGCGUGCAGACCGAUACCAUUCAGGCUGGAUUUCGUUUGGCGUACCUGACGCAGAGUGGUCCUGGCGAUCCGUUCCUAUGCUUCUGGCCGUUCCGGCCGCCCAUGUCUGCUGGGCUACGGCGGUCUUCAUCGCAUUCGUGAUGGUAGAGGCGUGGACAGGCAUGGGCGCCCAAUGUGCGAACAUGUCGGGCGAUCCUUCCUUGUCGACACGCAAUAUUCACAUCGGUGGCACCACGGUCAUUUGCGCCCUUGUGGUUACUGGUCAAAUUGUCGCUAGCGUCGUCCAGGCCGCCUUCGUGGUUCCUGCGUUCAGGCAGCUCUGUUCUUCCUCUGAACAAACCACAGAUACGGUGUAGUCAAUGUAGUGUAGGGUCUCAGCCGACUGUUCGGUGUCGCUGGAUCGGUCGUGGCCACCAAGUACAUAGUUUGGAUCUCGGGUUGUUCCUUGCUGUCGAGUUCUUUCUUGCUUUCGGUCGUUCAAGUCCAUAUAGAUGUCGUGCUGUAAAGUAUAAAGUAUUGUGUAUGUCUGUAAGAAUGUAUACACCACGAACCAGGUACUGUGAAGGCAUACCUGUACAUAAAAUCAA